ACGCAGCAUCCGUCGCUAUGGCGCCUCAGUGUCAGGCGUUGUACGUGUCGGAUGAAAGGCGCUGCAAUGAGGAAGCGACCAACGUCAAUGGCCUGUUCUGCUCCUUCCACGCGAGACAGGGCUACAAGCGUAGAGGUGCCCAAUUAGAUGCUUUGCAGAAAGAUCCUCCUUCCUACCUUGGCGAUUGUCCACUCCACAAGAUUACCUUUGACGACAUAGAUGAUGAGGAAACCCUCAAGACCCUGCACGCCUUCCUCUUCAAGCAGAAUGGCUUGCUCGAUCGCUGCAUCCGUGCCCGUAAACUUCAUCAUUCUCGUUUCUAUGCUCUCGAGCUCGACUACGGUCACCAACAUUACCUAGACCAUCUCAUCAGCGAAAAGCACAAUACUGGUCGUGCUCUCGAGAGACUUGAAAGACGGACCGCCGAAGUCUUGUACAAACAGCAACAGUGGUUCGGCUGGGUUCGUAACCUCGAGGACGAUGAAGAGAAGGAACGCGAUGCCGAGAAGAAGAAGAUCAAGCAAGAAGCCGCCCUGUUCAAGCGUCACUGGAAGGAUGUGUCUGCUCGCAUGGAGAGGCUGAGGCAGAAAGAGAACGAACAGAGGCAAGCCGAAUACCUCGACAAGGUCUGGGAGGAACGGAACAAGUUUGAGGCCGAAUUCACUGCCGAAGAAGGCGGCGAAGAAUGGGAUCCUAUCGAGGACGUCGUCGAGGACGAACGCGGAAGUUACAUCGAUCUUAUCCGACGCUUCCUGUGGCUCGCAGAGCCCAUCGCCGUCUCGUCCAACGAGCCAGCAUCUCCAAAGGAUGCCGCCGCAGGUGCUUCAAGCCCCAAGAAAGAGAACGAGACCCUCGAAGCUGCUCACAAGCAGUCUCCCGCCAAGGACCCUACCACAUCUCAAACACUCGUGGAAACGAACAAGUCUAAAAAUGCGAAGAAGAAAGCUCGCCAAAAGGCAAAGGCAUUGGAGGACAAAUCGGCGUUGCCUUUGGCUAUCAGAACAGCACUGGAAAAUAUCGGAGCAAGGCCUGGUGAAGUCCACAUCGAGACUCCGGAAGAGGUUCGCACUCGCCUGCGCGAAGGUCAGACGAUGAACGGUGUGCUACAGACCUUCGAUCCCGAGGAUCCUGCAAAGACACGCUUUCUCACAGACAAGACCUUUCCUCUUGCCGACGAUGAAGUCGAUACCUUGAUGAAGCAGAUCCCCGACAUCAAACAGUUGCUGUUUUGUCGAUUGUUGCUUGGUUAUGCAAGUCUGCUGCCGGCCGCCUUGCGAGCUGAGAAUGUUGAAGAGUUCAUGGCCGAUCCCUCCGUGACUAAUGCAGAACUCAGAGACCUGUGCCUGAAGAUGGAACAGCCUAGAUUGCAACAACUACGUGACGCGUGUGCUGAUCUCGGUCGUGAAGACGACGAGCCGGAGGACGAUGACAACACUCCUGCUGCAAGCACCAAGGCACCUGCCGGACGUACUAAGUUCACGUCGAGACCCAUGUACCCUGUCAAGAACGUGAAGACUAAGCGUGAGAAGGAGCUCAAAGAGAAGCGAGAGAAAACCAUGGCCGAUAACAUGGAUUCCACGACUUUUGUUGACUUUGGUGAUGUUGAUGAUCAGCAACAAUAUCGCAUCAAGAAGAUUCGUGUUAAGGUUUGCGGCAGAUUCAUCUAUAACUAUCCUAGUGAGAAAGCUAUGUCUAGAGGUGGAUGGCUGCAGUUCUCAAUCAUCGCCAAAGGCUGUUCUCUAUUCCAGGCAGUGAGCCUAGCUCGAAGUUGGGAUGAAUUCUUUGAGCUUAAUAUUCUCACCUGCAACCAUUACUUUCCUGCUGCUCAAUGGGCGUCUUGGAUCAGAAGUAUCACACAUGAACAGCUGCUUCAGGUUGGCUUCAUUCCUUACUACCAGAUGGACCAAGCGCAUCAUAUGACAUCGCACCAUCAGACAGGAUCUCGUGCUCAUGGGCAGCGUAGGACCCACCAUGCUGUCGAGACUCGGAACUUUGUAUGUGCUCACAUGAAGCGCAACGAUCCAGUAACCAGACGUUGGAUCCAGUACGCUGUUAUGGAGUCAUACAAGAUGGCGAUCAUGGUUCGUGAUGGUCGCACUGGUAAUGUCAUCGUCGAGCCGCCUGAUGAACACAAGUGGCUCAUCAGAACCAAGUCUGGUGUUGGACGAGCAAGUCGAGCCGAAUGGAAAACCGUCAAGGAGAUCGACGAAGAAUUUUGGGAUACGAUUGAUCGCUCCCGCAAGUGGCAUCUCGGCUUCAAGGAUUACUACGACAUUGUAGUUUGGGACAUCGAGAGUGGUGAACACUACUCUUCCCUAUACAACUCGAUCCAAGAGCUUUUGAUCAGAGCUCUGCGUUUCAGAGGUAUGAUCUCAUGUUUGCUUGACUUCUACAAGCCAGCCGAGCAUGUCUUGCGCACACUGACCCGUGACGAGCAUCUCUCCCGUGCAAGAGACCUUCGUCCAGAUGAAGUGGGCAAGGGCAAGAGUAUCUGGGACUGGAUUCACAGCGAUAGUACCAGGAUGAGAUACUUUUCCAGGGGUACUGAUGGGAGCCACAGAGAAGAGGCGCCUCCUCAGCUGCUGUACAAACAAGAAGACAUGUUGGAAGACCAGGUUCUAUUCCCGUGGGAUCGCAGUCUGUGGACCAACGAAGAGGUUCCUGAAACAGCUAGCAAGAUCAUUGCAGUUGCAAAGAAGGCUGCGGAUCUUACACCAGCAAACUCGGGUCAUGAGCUGAUGUUGGCAGAUGCUGAUGCCGAGUCCAACGGCGGUGACGAGGGUGUGCUUGCGAGUCAGACUGGCAAAAUGCACAACUUCGAACACCACGGUCUGGAUCUUAAUCGCUGGAUCAAUGACCUCGACACCGAUGAAGAGCUCAGCGAUACUGAGUAUCAAGAAGUCUCAGAAGGUGAGGACGAUGGCAGCGAUUGGGAAUCUGACGAAGAAUAUGCUGAAGGCGUUAUUGAAGAACUCUCAGAAGCAGCCGGCGUGACCAUUCGAGGCCGCUGGGUCGAUGAUCAUAACGAUAAAGAGCCAAGGUGGCAAGACAUGGUCAUGGCACUGGAGCUUUGGGAGGAUCCAUCACUUUCUAACCUUCGCCAAAACAAAGCCGUUGGACAUCGUAUACCCAGAUUACCNCCUGGCCCAAUGUCCUCAGCAGAGGAGAUUGAAGACAUGAAACAACAGUGGGAGCUUUUCAUAGAUCGAACCAGGGCUAGCAGUUUCAAGGAAGCCUGGCACAAGGCUGACCUUGAACCCGGGGCCCAAGAGAAGUACGCAGAGACGCAGAAGAUCUUGAAAGCAUACGCCGACUUCUUCGCCAAGGGGACCAAAGGUCCUUGGGCACCGAACAUGCUCGAGCGUCAAUUCGUGCUCAUGCUGCUUCUCGAGGUUGAUCCAGAUGUGCACCGCAGGGUCAAGCGCGACAUGACAUUUGCUAACGCCAUGAUGACAUGUUUCUUCCAGCCAAACAAUCCCUUCUUCGCCUCCGAGGAAGGAAAGCCUUGGGACAAAUCUACACUCUUUGACCAGGAAGCGCGCGCAAAGAUGAUCCCCGACGUUCGCUCCUCGCACUCGAACCGCACACAAGGCGCUGAUCAGUGGAAGGAUUGGGAUAAUGUCCGACACGAGGUAAUGAAGUCCGGGCAAGGAGCAUUCCUCUGGGCUUCUGACAAGUAUCCGCAAGAUUGGAAGUACAUCACCAGACCCACCAUAGCUCAUCUCUACCGACAUGGGUUGUUGGCACCCCGCUACAAGCCCGAGUACUCUGGAUGUGCCGUGGUCAUCGAAGAACCCACCAGACCCAACAAACCAGAGCUCUACUUUGACUUUCGCGAAGACGCACAAGAGAUGAAGCCACGCCAACCAAUGCAAGAUCCACUCAAGGUCAAACCACUCCUCGACACGGCACGCGACUACGCAGCCAAAAACCCAGACGCCUAUUUCUCUUUCAUGCGCAUCUGGUCCGCCCCACACUUCUGGCCCCUGAUGCUCGGCUACGACAACCGCGACGGCACCUCCUUCGCCGACGACAUCGGCCGCACCUGGGAGUGGAAGUUUGUCCCCAAGGACAUGCCGUUCAGCGAGUGGAGCAUCCAUCACGCUUUGCGCUUGCGCCUCAACGAAUACGAAAAGACCAUCGAAGGCAAGGUUUUCCUCAAGGGCGACAAGAUACUGGUGGUGGGCAAGAAUAGCGAAAUGUGUAGGAAUUAUUCUACGAUUGCAUAUUUUGCGCUCACGACUAGGCCGUGGAGGUUGGAGGUUGAUGUGUGGAAGAGUUUCUUUGGCGUCAAGUUNGGAGUUUUGGAGGGGUUGGAUGAGAGGUGGUGGGAG